AUCUCCGGAAAAGUGAUUUGUCACUUGAAAAGGGUGCUCGCUCCAAAGACAAAGUUGUGAUGAUCACAUCGCAACAGCACAGACUAGUACAAGCAUGCCUACUACAGACUCUGCAACUGGUGGUACCACCUUCACUUCAGCAUCACAUGAAGAAGUCAACCUCAACUGCACUUUCGUCACCCCCUUACUGGACUGUCGUGGUGAGCAGACGCAUCUCCCACUUUUACCACUUCUGACUGAGAAGCUUUUGAAAGCGGUGCAAAGUGGUAGCCCAGUUACAACACUUUUCUUGGCCAUUGAAUCACUUGGCUCCCUUGAAAAUGGCUCUAUGGCUUUAGAAAACAUACAGAAGCUGCACAUUGUCAGGAGUGACAUUUCCACUGUGCUGCCAGGUGCAUUUGUGAAAGCAGCAACCCUUCAUGCCCUUGACCUAUCUGAGAACAAGCUGGCAUUAGUGCCGAGCAGUGCACUGCAAGACCUCUCCAGCCUGACAUCACUAAAUCUAUCGAACAACUAUAUCACAGAGCUGACUGAAGACACCUUCAAGAACAUCCACAGUCUCAAGAGCUUGUCGCUUGAGAGAAAUGAAGUCUCGUCAAUCUCUGUGGGAACUUUCUUCCACAUGGAACAUUUGGAAGAUCUCAACUUGUCGCAUAACAAGCUAACUGCAUUCGACUCAAGUGCAUUCGGUAAAACAGCACUUAAAAUCUUGAAGCUCAGCUCUAACCACCUCGCAUCAGUUUCUUUGGAGAAUUCCCUUGAAUUCCUCGAGCAUCUUUACCUUGACCACAACCGUCUCAACAGUGCAACAAUGAAACUUGUUCUGCCAAGCCUUACCACAUUAAAUGUCAGCUACAACACCUUGGAUAAACCAAAAUUUGACUCACUGGCUUCACUUGUGACCUUAUCAAUAUCUAGCAACCCACUGACAAUGCUCUCAAGGAGCUGGCUGGAGCCCCUGCACAAGCUUGAAAUUCUGGAUGCGAGUUGCUGCAAGCUCAAGAGACUUGAUAGCCAGUCUUUAUCAGGAAUUGGAAGUCUAAGGUUGCUUAAUGUCAGUGGCAAUCAAAUUUCCUUUGUAGACUCAACAGCAUUUGUGGGACUGUACUCACUUACUACAGUCGACUUAUCAAACAAUGCACUUACUUACAUCAACCAGAACCACACUGCAGACCUGGGACUGCUGGAGCAUAUUGACUUGUCAGAAAACAGCAUAGAAUACAUUUUUGCUGGAGCCUUUGCCCACAGUCCACGCUUAAGAAGCAUUAACCUCAAUGGAAAUUUUCUGGACUGUGGCUGCGAACUUCGUGGCUUCGGCAACUUUCUGAAGCAUGGAAACUUUUCAGAAGAAACUCUGUCUUCAGCUGUAUGUGAUGAUAAGUCGCGCAUCAGUGAAUUUGACUUUGAUACACUUGGGUGCCCUACAGAGAGUGUGCAAACUACUCAAGUCUUGCCUUCGACAACUACCUUGCCGGAAAUCAGCACAGCUGCAACCUCAGAACUGAAUGCCACAAAACACACAACAAUGGUGCCAUUUAAUGGCCAUCUUACAUUAGUACAUGUGGAACAAGAUAAUGACAAACUCUCUGUUACAUGGAAUGCACAUAGUACUAGCGAUCGUCUUGAUAAACUGCAGUGCUUACUAACUGUCGUCAUUAUUGGAGAAAAGACACGCACCAACUUACCUGGUCCCUGUCCUCCAAGCUUGCACAAUAGAACAUUCCACAUCUUUAUCACUAAGCCUGGAGCGAAGUUCGAAGUGUGCUUGCUAGCUUUCAGAAAUGGAACAGAAGUGGCUCGCAGUUGUAGCAUCCUUAACACAACUGACAUCAAGACAUCAACACCAGUGGCAGUACCUACAACAGGUCUAGUGAAUACAACACUACCUUAUGAGAGAACUACAGCUGUUGCCUUUAAUGAAACGUCAGCAGUAACAACAGAGAUGGAAAUUCAGACACCAUCGCAGAAGGCAGAAGACGGCGAGUUCCUGCAUCGCCUCAAUUUUCGCAGUCGCCUUUCAGCACAGAAGCAGCUCAUCAUUCGGUGGAAUUUCCUGCCUCCUUUUCCCACCAAGUCAAAGUGUCGUUUCAACGUAACAGUGCUCUGUGACAAGGAUCUGCUGACACAGACAGAGGCACCCUGCUACACUGCUGGUCAAGUGAUGGUGGCGCGCAUCAGUGAGGACAGCGAUUAUGAUGUCUGCUUCAGCCAGCUGGUUCUCAACAUCCCUGCGGACUGUCAUGAAAUCGUGCCUGCAAAGCUUGCCUCCAACACUGACAUUGCAGUGGGAGCUGCAGCAACUGGGAGCCGAAGAGAGACUCGCAUACCCGUGGCUCUACUUAUCAUGAUUGCUGCCUUGGCCCUGAUAGCAAUCCUGGCCAUUGCUUUGUUCAUUCACAGAAGACUCAGGAAACGAGCCAUAGCACGCAGGAAGGUGGGAGAAAGUGUGUUCCAUUUGCAGAUGAAUCGUCGCUCGGGAACUUACAUGGUCCAAGACGCAACUGAGGCACGAACCACGCUUACUACUUCAGUGUCCCAAGAUGGGACGAAGAUGUCACAAAGAGCAUCGUCUAUAGAUGAACUGUGACAAAAUCUGUGCCUGGAACUUAGUGUGCAGAGAUUCCCAUGCAUGGAGGAAAAAAAUGUACAUAGGCUAACCUUGUCCACACCACACUCAAUAUGCGAUUGUCAUAUUGAAAACUUACAUAGUAGUCAUUGUAAAUAAACCUUUUGUGUUGUAAUAGUGUAUGUUUUGUAUUAAAACAUGUAAGUGUUGCAGUGCAGAUAAGAUACAAGUUUAAAAACUGUAAAAAGCAAGUAAAGCUACACCAAGUGUUGUGUGGAUAAAUUUCUGCAGAGUAGUGUCGAAU